UUGUACUCGUAAGGGGUGGCGCGUUUGGCGGAAACAACUUCGGGACGUUGCUGCUUUUGAAGGGAGAAAAUGCGCUCGUGUGGUUGAGAGCUCUUUCGUGAAGUCAUGUAUUUUCUACGAUGUGGAUUCAUUGAAAGUAAAACUAUUUUGGAGUAAAACAGCGUUUGGACAUGCCUUCUGGAGAGCAGUGCUGCCCUGAGCACCGAUGAACGUUAAUAACAGAGACUUCAGAGAAUGGGGCAUGUUGAAGAGGAGACUCUCUUGGUCGUGUGAAUGUUCAGUGUUUAUCUAAACAAUGGAGGAUAACCCAGGCAGUAUAAACAGCAUGAAUGACAGCACCAGCCAAAUGCUGUCAGAAAGCAGCUCCGUCAGCUCUGAACCUCAACCAGAUUCUCAGAUAGGUGGAGGUGAUCUCCUUUCAAGGGGGCAAAAACUUUCUGAACGUAGAAUCUCGAGUUAUACUGUAAGUGAAGGGAGUCUGACUCGCAUGCGUAGGUCCAGACUGCAAAAGCAGCCUGAACUUCAAGGAGCACCAGAAGCUCAAGAGAAAGGCUCUCUCACCCCUGCCAUGCGAAAAAAGUACCUGAAGGACUUAUUUUUGAACUAUAAGUCACACACUGGACUGUCUAGUAUAUUGUCCCUCAAAGGUGAUAGCCAGUGGUCGAGGGAUGGGGAGGACGCAGGAGGAUACAGCUUGGAGGACACUAGCAGUGGAGCAUUUUGGGCUUUGGACCCCUUGGAGCAUGCAUGGAUGCUGUCUGUGGUGGAUGGGAACUAUGACACCAUGGAGGAGUUUCUCUCUGAAGACCCCAGUUUGCUGACCAGAAGGGACUUUAUAAGUGGUUAUACGGCUCUCCACUGGCUGGCCAAGAACGGGAAACAUGAGACGUUGAUAAAACUUCUGAAACGCGCUGAAAAAGAAGGUUCCCCGGUGAACGUGAACAUAAAAGGUAGUGGGGGUUUUACACCUCUCCACGUUGCCGCCAUGCACAGCCAGUACAUGGUGGUGAAGAUUUUAGUGGGAGCGUUCGGUGCUAACAUAGAUGCCAUGGACUACAGUGGGAAAAGGGCUUGGCAAUAUCUCAGAGAAAAUGCACCACCGGAGAUGAAGGAGCUCCUUGGUACAUGGGACGAUGAACACAGGUACUGGCAACUGAAUCUUAAUAACAAUAGUGCAGGUGCUGUAGUGUCCUUAGUACAGGACUCACCAAAGAACACUGAUGUUGUGGACUCUGUAAACAGAAGAACUGGCAGGUGGCAGUUUGGGUCAUUUCGAAAGUUACUUUCUCCAUUUUUCUCAGGAGGCAAGAACUGAAGUAUGACUAAGAGUAAGUUCUACAGGUGCCAAAAAUUACAAGAAACAUUUCAGUUCAGGAGAGCAACUGUUUAUUACCACAAUGUCAAUUUUUAAUUAAAUUUCUAGCCAGUAAAGACCCUGUGUGUAAAUGGUUUGCGUUUGAAAAAAGGGUCAAAUAUUUACAUUUCACAUAAAACAUUCAGCAUUACUCUUAUUUAUAUAUAUACUUUCUGCAAACAUUUAUUAAAGAGAGACAUGAAAAAGCAUUUCCGGCUGCAAAGUCACAGGAAUGUUUUAAAGGCAUAUAUAUCUGCACUCUCUCUUUCUUCUGAACCCUCCAGCUGAAAACAAAGAUGCAAAGUUGUUUUAUGUAAACACUGCAAGUUUCAGUGCCAUUUCUUUUGGUCUCAUUAAAAAAAUGCAGAAAUUUUAACAGCCUGCCAUCACGUCCCUUUUGAGUCAUUUGUGAACAGAUAAUGCCUGAUGACCUCUGCAUAUAAACAUGUGUUUUAAUGGAAGGAAUUAAGACAAAAAAAAUUUUAAAAAGGCCUUAUCAUUG